ACUGCCAGUACCCCAAUGGAGCUCGGCCACUGCUUUGUGCACGCGUACAAGACGCGCCUGCUGCUGCAUCUUGUGGCAGCCACGCAUCUCGGCUGUGCCGUCUGCUACGACUUCCUCUACGCGCGGCUGCCACGGCUGGCGGUGGAGCUGCGGCUGGAGGCGCCCAUUGGCGGCAAGCUCAAGUAUUUGACCUUCCUGUGCGGCCUGCUGCAGUGCGCCUACUACCUCCUGGCGCUGGUCUACGAUGUCCUGCGGGCGCGGCGACUGCGGCUGCUGCGGGACUUUCUGCUGGCCAGCUACGUGGUGCCCUUGGCCCUGACGGUCAGCCUCACCUUCUGGACUCUGCUGGCCAUCGGGCGGGAGUCCAUUUAUCCCGGCCUGCUGGAUCUCAUCUAUCCCGCGUGGCUCAACCAGACGCUGCACUCGUUCGUCGUGCUCUACGCCCUCCUGGAGCUGUGCCUCACGCAGCAUCGCUACCCUCCACGCAGCAGGGGACUCGCUGGAUUGGCACUGUUUAUGGCUGCCUAUCUGGCCUGGAUGCACUUCAUUUGGCUGCGGACUGGCAUCUGGGUGUAUCCUUUCCUGGGUGCUCUUUCCGCAACCGUGCGGCUGCUCUUCCUGGCGCUGAUUGUGGGCCUGAGCUUUGUCUACUAUUUGCUUGGGGAGCGAGUGAACGCAGUUCUGUGGCCAAGAAGCUGCGGCUUGAGGCGUUGGAGUAGCAGCGAGUAGGAGGCAGCAGCGAGUGGCAGCAGCGAGUGGCAGCAGCGAGUGGAAGCAGCGAGUUGGAGACACCCC